UCUCUCACUCUUUUUCUUAUCCACUAUCCAUAGAAGAAGAAGAAGAAGACUGUUGACGACGACGGCGAUGGCGAUGGCUAUGGAGAUUUCUCUUCCUUUCGUUGGAUCAUCCAUGGCCUUAAGCGCGGGAAAAUCAAGGAACAGCGUUUCUAGGAUUAGUCGUGUUGGAUUCUCUUCGGUCUCGGCUGUACAUGUACCCAGAAGGAUGUUUAUGCAGCUGUCUGGAUUUGGUUCGGUCUUGACGCUUCUGGAUUUUCCUAGUUUAGCGGCGCCGGUUCCUCAGAUGAAGGAACCUGAAGUGAUCAGGACAUUGAAACUCCCGAGUGGCGUGAGGUAUCAAGAGAUAAUUGAAGGUGAAGGACGAGAAGCUCAUGAAGGGGACCUGGUCGAACUAAACUAUGUGUGUCGGCGUGCAAAUGGAUAUUUCGUUCAUAGCACGGUGGAUCAAUUCAGUGGUGAAAGCUCUCCUGUCAAACUUAUUCUCGAUGAAAACGACGUAAUUGAGGGCUUGAAAGAAGUCUUGGUGGGCAUGAAAGCUGGAGGUAAAAACUUGAAACAACAAAUAAGAUUUUGGUCUUUUGAUGUAAUCUCAUAUUUCUAAUGACUCGCACAUAAUGGUCUUUUGCGGAUGAAGGGAAGCGUAGGGCACUGAUACCUCCAUCAGUAGGGUACAUAAACGAGACAUUGAAGCCAAUCCCCGAGGAGUUUGGACCACGACGCAGCCUUCUAUCGCAUGCGAACGAGCCUCUGGUCUUUGAAAUCCAGCUCUUGAAAGUAUUAUGAUAUUUGUCCUGUCACUGACUGUUAAUGAAGUAUUUUGGCUGUGAGAUUAUUUAUUUUCUAUUGUAAAUCUGUAACAACAACUGCUUGGAACUACAUAUCUUGAUGAGUUCUGCUUUAAGGCUUGGAUUAAUAAGGGAAUUACCAUACCAGUAUUUUUAAAUUCACUCAAGAAGUU